AUGAAACAUUAUUAUCAAUUCCAAUGGGACCAACGUCCAAGAAAAACAGACCUAUUGGGUUGAGUUUGAGACUUGAGACAGAUAGCCUCAUUGGCUUUUCCGCAGCUUUUUUACAAUUUACAAUUCCCCUCUUGUCGUUGCUUCUUUGUUUUUUUUUCACUUGUCUGUCUUCAAAGCAAGUUUCAACCACAACACAAUCAUCAUAAGCUCUUUUCUUCACCUUUCUGAAUGAAUCUGUGACACUGCUUCUUUUUUUGUUCCCAGCUCGUACUAUAGGAACCACACAACAACAACAAAAAAAGAAACAACUGUUUUUGUUUUGUUCAAGCUAUUGAAACACACAAGAUGACAACUUUUUUAUGUCUAUCCGCCAAAAAUUUCUUAGUAGGAUCUACCAUGUUCAUCAUUUUUACUUUCUUUGCUAUCCCAUGUUUUGCUCCUUCUUCUACCUACAUUGCCACUCCUUCUUCACAUCCUCGUUAGACAUUAUCUCGUAUGGGUUGAAGAAUGUGGGUUUCCAAGUUUCUUGAGAUCUUGGAAUAUUCUUCUUGAUUCUUUUCAGCAUUUUACUCUUUUUUCAAAACAUCUUUGGUGCUCAAAAUGCAAUCAGGUUUUUUGCAAAAUGGAAUGGAUUCAUCGCCAGGAAAAAGUCAGGAUGGAAGUUUCAGGAAGUCUAGCUCUGUUAUUUCUGCUAGUACUGUCUCUGGGGCGUCAGGGUUGAGCAAAUUUGUUCCCAUUUCAAGAAGAGCGUUAAAGGGACUCAAGGAAUAUGGAAGAAAACUGGUUGACCUUGAGUUAUUCACACAAUAUCUUGAUGAAUGGGUCAUGGAGAAUUUAAAUAGUGAUUCAGUAGAUGGGAUGCAUGGUUUUAGUUCUCUCUUCACAAUUGGUGAGUUGCGCAAGCUAGAUGUGGCGUUGGAGGGGGUUCCAUUUCAGCAACUUGUCCGUAUGCCCAUAUUCUCCGAGGUUUCUGAAGAGCUUAUAGAAGACCAGUAUCUAGCUGUAGAGGAUUUCCUUCAUGCGGUUAUCAUUGGUCUCUGGCGUACUUUUUGGCAUAAAAGUGGACCACUACCGUUAUGUGUCUCAUGUCCCUCUUAUCCUGGUUCAAAGUUCAAUAGUGUUGAAAAAGCAAUAUCAAGGGGCAGGCUAAGGGAAAUGCGUGGUUUAGGUUUGAUAUCAAAAGCAUCAACUGAUUCAAAAAUUAAAUGGGAUCAAGUGGUUGAGUUUGCCAUAUUCAAGCCAGAAUUAUUGUUGGACAAUGCUUUGAGAGUAUCAGCCAACACUAUUUGUGAAGCUCUCUUUUACGGUUUUCAUGUUCUUGUUUCUCGGAGUUUGAGCAAGAUUAGUUCUGUCAACAGUGAUUCCGUUUUCCUUUUAGUUCUUGAUUCUAAGUCUGGAGUGGUGAUAAAGUUCAGUGGUGACCUUGGAAAACUUGAUUUAUCGAACUCAAACAAUCCGUAUCUUUCUGUUGCUGAAUGGAUCAAAACGUACGCUGAAAUUUGCAUCACCCCGGCUGAACCAAUAUGGAACCAAUUAGGAAAUCCAAACUGGGGAGAUAUAGGAGCUCUGCAGAUACUAUUGGCAACAUUCUACUCCAUUGCUCAAUGGAAUGGACCACCAAGAAAAUCAGUCGCCACAUUGAUCUCAGAUCAUAGCUUUCGCCUUCAGAAGCGCCGGACAGAAUGCUGCAUAAUUGAAACUGAAAAUGCACUUGUGCCUUAUUAUGAUCAUCAAGAUGGAGAGAUUGUUGAAGUUGAUCAAAAUGAUUUAUUUUCCAACAACCGACCCUCACGGCUAAAGCUUAAACACGGUGACGUAGUAGUCUUGGAUGAUCCACAACAAGGACAGAGAAGUUUCCAAAUUCAUGAAUAUCUGGUACGAGGGAACUAUUAUCUAUAUAGUGCUAUAUGUUUAGAUCACCCCUUGGCGUUACUGUCUUUAUACGUCGGCGCGCAUACAUCAAGACUCGAGCCCUCUUGGGAGGAUAUGAGCCUUUGGUAUCAAGUACAACGCCAAACAAAAGUUCUAAACAUUUUGAGGAAUCAAGGAAUCUUGAGCAAAUAUUUACCGGAAAUUGUUGCCUCUGGUAGGAUUGUACAUUCCGGUCAUUGCAACAAAGAAAGUCCAGGAGGAAAGUGUGAUCAUCCAUGGUGUGGAACACCAAUACUAGUAACAUCUCCAGUAGGCGAGCCAUUAUCAUCUGUAGUUUCUAACGAAGGAACAUUUUCUGCCGACGAAGCAAUGCGCUUGUGCCGAGACUGUCUGGUUGCUCUAAGAAGUGCAGCUAUAGCUAAUGUCCAGCAUGGUGAUAUUUGUCCGGAAAACAUAAUACGCGUUGUUGAAAAACAAGGCAAUAAUAUUAGAAACCACCACAACCAAGCAAUGUAUGUCCCAAUAUCUUGGGGCCGUGCAGUGUUGGAAGAUAGAGACAGCCCUGCUAUAAAUUUACAAUUCUCAUCAUCUCAUGCACUUCAGCAUGGGAAGCUUUGUCCUUCAUCUGAUGCUGAAAGCAUUGUCUACAUCAUUUAUUUUAUUACCGGAGGGACUAUGAGUCAACAAGAUUCUAUUGAGUCUGCUUUACAAUGGAGAGAGAAUAGUUGGGCGAAGCGUUCAAUUCAACAACAUCUCGGUCAGGUUUCUGCUCUAUUGAAAGGUUUUGCUGAUUAUGUGGAUAGUCUUUGUGGAACUCCAUAUCCUGUUGAUUAUGAUAUUUGGUUAACAAGGUUGAAUAAGGCUGUGGAAGGUUCAGCUGAUAAAGGUAAAAUGAUUGAAGAAGUAGCCAUAACAUUGAGAUUGGAGGAUGCUGCUGAAUCUUCAGGAGCUUCUGGUCCUUAAUUUGUUUUUUGUAAAUUGCGAUGGUGAAUUCAUUUGCAUAUUUUGUUUUUAGGACUUCAGGUUCUUUAGUAAUAUUGUUUUGGGAUCAUCUUCGGCAACGACAAGGUAUAAUUUUGAGUGUUUUAUGGAUUUUUUUACACGAUUAUUAUACUUUUAAUGACAAAAUUCACACUUGUUUCAAGAAUUGGUUGUUUCUAAAACUUGGAACCAUCCAUAUUUCAUUUGACUGGAUGUUGUGAUGAAAUGUUAUGGUUUUUAUAAACAUCAAGCAGAAAUCUUCUUUAGCUAGUUACUGCUUUAUUUUUUUAGCAUGUUAACCAAUAGUAUAAGGGCACGUGACUUGUAUAAUUUUUGGUACAUCGAUGACUACAUUUGAAUUUUCAUUUCAUUUUAAA